AUGAAGUCCUUCACUCUUUCUAUUCCUUUUAUAGAAAGAAAUUUUCUUAAACUGACCUUAGUAAUUCUUCUUAUUUGCUGCUUACAGGUAUCUAACGCAGAAACACUAAAUGAUGCCCUCUAAAAUAAAGACUGCAGUGUUGACCGUGCUGUUGCUCUUUCAAUCUAACUAUUUACUUUUGCUUAAAAAUUGAAAUCCUGCAAUUUUUAAGAUAUUGAAAGUAUAGUGUAGUUUGAAUAUUCCAACUAAAUUGGUAUCUUGAAUGCUUUAGAUAAGAACACUGCAUUAGAAAUUUAAAGUACUUUCUUAAGCGGUUCUUAAAAGCUUUCUCUAGAGUAUGGUUUUAUCGGCUUACCAGAAUACUUCUUAUACAAAAAAUAUGCUGCUAAAGAACCAUCUUGUGGAGAUUCUUAGCUUCUAAAAAGAAUAGGAGAUGAUUAUAAUGAUUGCAAACUUUGUAUGGGAAAUUCAUUCAGCACAAGAAAUUCUGAUUAAAUAAAUACUCUGAAGUAAAACAAACAUUUUAAUUAUGACUAAGAAAAUAAUAUCUUCACUCUAGAUGAAAGUCAGCCUCUCAAUUAAAUACUUGUCGAAUCAUUUUAACUUCUUUGGAACUGUAACAAUCCUGAUGAUGAAAUGAUAGUUACAGGAUAUUACGAUGAAUCGACAGAAGAAAGACUUUUAAAGACAGAUGUCAAUGGAUUUGAUAAGAUAUGCAUGAAAUGUUAGGUAAAAAAUUGUGGUGUUUGCACAAGUAACUAUGCUUAAUGUUUGCAAUGUAAAGAUGGAUUUUACAUGAAAGAUGGCCUUUGUGUUGCUUGUACUUAAAGCAAUUGUUCUAAGUGCACAUAUGAUUCUGCAUUAGGUUCUACUACUUGUAAUCUAUGUAGAUCAGGGCUCUACUUGCUGUAAGGCUAGUGUGUUGAAUAAUGCCCCCCUGAGUAUAAAACUACAAAGACUUAAUGCCUUUAUUGCAGACCUGGUACUUAUGUUUAAGAUGAAAAGUGUGUUGAAUGCUCUGAUUACUGCUUAGAGUGUACAGGUCCUAAUCCAAAUUAAUGCAAAUCAUGUUUUGAUGGCUUUGUUUUUGAGUACGGAAAAGGAUGUUCCGUCUGUCCUACUGGAUAAUAGUGUGGAAAAAAUAGAUGUACUUAAAGUUAGUAUAGAAUGCUACAAUACCCUUACACUUGCGCAGAAUGCUUCUAAAAUUGUGAUACGUGUAAAGGCCCUCUAUAAAAUGAUUGCUUAACUUGCAAGAACAACUAUGCCAAUUAGAAUGGUUUUUGCUUAAAUCCAUCAUUCAAGGCUAAGAAAUUUAAAGAUCCUAGAACAUAAACAGAGAAAGAAUGUAAUUUUUCAUGCGAAGAAUGUAUAGACUCCUCAGAUCUUUGCACUAAAUGUAAUCCUGAACUUAACUAUUUUGUAAAAGAUGGUGAUAGAUUUAAAUGCUAUAACAGAUGCCCUAUUUACUACUAAGCUACAUCUCCGAUCUAAGAUCCUUCUAAUCCUUCUGAUGUUUACUUUGAGUGUGUUAAAAGUGAUAGCUAUACAUCUGAUCUCUAAGCUGCAGAUUAAUUGAGAGAUGAAGCCAAAAGCAAGUGCCCUAAAUAACAAUAUUGGGAUAUUUAAACUAAGCAAUGCUACAAAUGUACUAAUAACUGUAUUUCAUGUAAUGAUGACUCUUCCUGUAUUGAAUGUGAGCCAAAAUACUUCUGGAAUGAUAACCGUAAAACAUGCUCCCCAUGCCACCCUUCGUGCAAAAAGUGUACUGGCCCCCUCUACAAAGACUGUUUAUCUUGCCCUUCAGCUAAUAAACUAUUCCCAGAUGUUAAUGGUGUAUGUGAUACUACAAUUACUACUUCUUUACCAUUGUCAAAUAUCCUCACUCAAAAUUAAAUUUACGAGAAUUUAUAAGUUUGCAAAUCAUUCUUACCUUCUGAUUAAUAACAAAAUUAUUCUGUAUAGUUUUCAAAAGUAUAUUCAAGCAAUGACCAACAAUGGUAAAAUGUUAAAAUGAUGUCUUCUGAUAAGCCAUGCACAUUCUAAUAAUUCUAAAACCGUUAUAGAUAUUUCAAGAAGAACAAUUAAAAUUGUGAUGACUCUCAAAUAUCUCAAUCUACAAUUGGAAAAAAUGGUGAUUUAGUUACAAUCUACUCUAUGCUACUAUCACAAUCAAAUGCUUAAUAUUCUGGUUAAGCUGUAAACCCUUAAUCAUUAGUAGAAUUUGCUAUUACCUAAAAUUUCUUUAGCUCUGCAUAUGCUUUCAACCCUACUCUUUCUUUUAAUUGCAAUCAACUUCAGUGUGUUUCAUAAUUAGAUAGUUAUCUUAAUGGCUUUGCUUCACCCAACAACUAAAAAGAAAUAUCUAUUAAGAAAUUAAAAGAUAUUGUCCUUACUACAACAAAGCAAACACCUUUAAGUUGCUUUUAAGAUGGGUAAUUUGUGAAUCAAAAUAGUGUUGAAGAAAUAGAACAAUUAGUCAACAAUUCAUAAUACACUCUUAAUACCUCUUCCAAAAAUUAUUUUAUUUUAUAUUUAUGCGGAAAAGAUUCCUAGGACAAUACUGUCUAAAGAACUGUUUUAGUGCAAAAAUAUUUAGGAAAUGCUUUCUUUGAGGUAUUAAAUGUAAAUAACCCAGUCUCAUCUUAAGUAGAAAAGAUAAGUCUGUACGGUGCUUCAGCUGAAUAAAACUCUUACUUAAAGAAGUGUGAUUCUUCUUUGACAAAUUCCCUAACAUCAUAUUUAGUUUAGAAAGUAAGAGUUAUCCAAGUUUCAGAAUAAGAUAAGAACAUAGACACAUCAGAGCUAAUGUUUUAAUAAUACACUGAUAAGGCAAAUGUUUAAGUUAUUACUCCUACUAAAUGCUCUUGUGAUGAAACAAAAGAUUAUAUAUUUGCUAAUGAAAAUUAAGGAAAUCAAUUCAUCACUGUAAUAACUCCUUAGAAUAAGCUUUUAACUUAGACUAUUAAUGCUUUCGAAAUAAAGUAUAUUUUAAAUAAAUACAACAUUGAUCCUGAUGUAAUGAAGGCUAAUGGUUUAUCUAUAACUAAGAUAGAAGCUGAAUCCAUAUACAAUGAUUACAUCUAAGAUACUAUUAAAAAUACUAAGCAAUGUUAUGGUAUUACUGACUCAACUCCUCUAUGUAUGGUUAAUGUCUUAGCAGAUAUUUUAUUCUCUAAUCGCUAAAAUUGUAGUUUUUCAAAAGAAAUAACUGAGAUAGUCAAGAAAUCUGAUUUCAAUGGUCUCAAAGAGUUUAUUCAAAAGCAAAAUUGGUGCGAUCUUUACAAUGAUAGAUGCUUAAAAGCUCAACAAACACUUAAAGGUUGUAUUUGA